GGGAGAUAAAUAGUAAAGUGAGUGUUGGCUGGUUGUGUAGCUUCGUUCUUCCACUUGCCUGCCACACAGUCACUUCCUCAGGACUCUUCCAAGGUGGUAGGGAAAAUGCCGCAGGUCAAAGUUCCAGAAACGGAUGAGGCCAUGCGCUCCUUCGCAGAGAGGGUAUUUGCCUCGGAGGUGAAAGAUGAAGGAGGCCGGCAUGAAAUCUCCCCCUUUGACGUGGAAGAUGUCUGCCCCAUCUCACACCACGAAAUGCAGGAGCACCUGAUCCAGGAGGACACCAAAGCUGACUAUGAUAAACGAAAAAAGAGGCUUCUGAGGCUGAGGACUAUUGCCCUGGCAGUCCCUAUUGCAGGAAAGUCUUCCACCAAGCUGUCCACUAUUGAUGAGGUUAUCUCUACCAGUGCUGUGUAUCAAGAGGUGCCCAAAUUCCAGCGUGUGCAGAUCACAGGAGAUUAUGCUGCAGGGGUGACAGUGGAGGACUUUGAGCUUGUCUGUAGAGGCCUGUACCGUGCCCUGUGUAUCCGGGAGAGAUAUAUGCAGAAAUCUUUCCAGCGUUUCCCCAAGACUCCCUCCCAGUUCCUGCGUACCAUUGAGAAUGAGGUGUGGAAGCCCAAUGAAGAUCUGUGGCCAGUGUUCACCCCACCUAUGAAGGGUGAUGAAGAUCCUUUCAGUACUGACUGCCUCCCUGAGAAUCUUGGCUACCAUGUGCAAAUGAAGGAAGGCGUGGUGUACGUCUAUGCCGACAAAGCAGCAGCUGGCAGGGGUGAGCCCAAGGACCUGCCCUACCCUAACCUGGAGGUCUUCCUUGAUGACAUGAACUUCCUGCUGGCCCUUAUAGCUCAAGGGCCUGUUAAAACCUACACACACCGACGUCUUCGAUUUCUCUCCUCCAAGUUCAGCGUGCAUGAAAUGCUGAAUGAAAUGCAGGAGCUGAAAGAGCUGAAGAACAACCCUCAUCGGGACUUCUAUAACUGCCGGAAGGUGGACACACACAUCCAUGCUGCAGCUUGCAUGAACCAGAAGCACCUGCUGCGGUUCAUUAAGAAGUCCUACCGGGUUGAUGCUGACAGGGUGGUGUACAAAUCCAAGGACAAGAGCUUGACGCUCAAGCAGCUCUUUGAACAGCUUAAGCUUGAACCCUAUGACCUGACUGUGGAUUCACUUGAUGUGCAUGCAGGGCGCCAGACCUUCCAGCGCUUUGACAAGUUCAAUGCCAAGUAUAACCCAGUGGGGGCCAGCGAGCUGCGCGAUCUCUACCUCAAGACUGAAAAUGCCAUCGAUGGCGAGUACUUUGCCACCAUCAUCAAGGAAGUUGGCUCUGACCUGGAGGAUGCCAAGUACCAGUAUGCAGAGCCACGGCUCUCCAUCUAUGGGCGUUCACCAGAAGAGUGGCCCAAAUUAGCCAGCUGGUUCAACCAACACCGUGUAUAUUCACCCAAUAUGAAAUGGAUGAUCCAAGUGCCCAGAAUUUAUGAUGUGUUCCGGAGCAAGAAUUUUUUGCCACAUUUUGGGCAGAUGCUGGAGAACAUUUUUGUGCCAAUAUUUGAGGCAACCAUCAACCCACAGGCCAAUAAGGAGCUGAGUGUGUUUCUGCGCCAUAUUACUGGCUUUGACAGUGUAGAUGAUGAAUCCAAGCACAGUGGACACAUGUUUUGUACCAAGAGCCCCAAGCCAGAGGAGUGGGUGCACGAAAAGAAUCCAUCCUACACUUAUUAUUUGUACUAUAUGUAUGCCAACAUUAUGGUGCUGAAUCAUCUCAGACGGGAGCGUGGCAUGAAUACCUUCUUGUUCCGUCCUCACUGUGGAGAAGCGGGCGCUAUCACCCAUCUGCUGGCUGCCUUCAUGACUGCAGACAAUAUCUCCCAUGGCCUGAACCUGAAGAAAAGUCCUGUUCUGCAGUAUCUCUACUUCUUAGCCCAGAUUCCUAUUGCCAUGUCUCCACUCAGCAACAACAGUCUCUUCCUAGAGUAUGCCAAGAACCCACUUCUCGAUUUCCACCAGAAGGGCCUGAUGGUGUCUCUAUCAACUGAUGACCCCAUGCAGUUUCACUACACCAAGGAACCACUCAUGGAAGAAUAUGCCAUUGCUGCCCAGGUCUUCAAGCUCAGCACCUGUGACAUGUGUGAGAUUGCACGCUACAGUGUCCUGCAAUGUGGCCUGUCUCAUGAGGAAAAGCUCCAUAUCCUAGGAAAGAAUUACCAUGAAGAAGGGCCUAUUGGUAACGACAUCCGCAAGACCAACGUGGCUCAGAUCCGCAUGGCCUAUCGCUAUGAAACAUGGUGCUACGAGCUUGAUCUCAUUGCUGAGGGGCUGAAAGCCAUUGAAUAGACAGCUCUCAGUGCUAAGGCCUGCCAUGCCAGAACCACAAAGCAGGCCUGAACAAAAGAAACAGCAGUGCGAUUCAACACCAGGCAAAUGGAGGGGUGGGGCAUGUGGUAGAGGGCAGGUUUUUAGCCCCAACACUGUUCUUUCAGAUUACAGUGACAAGUAACCUA